UUAACGUUGUGCGAAUUGUGGUCAGUGGGCAGAGCCAACCUCAGAAGGAAACCCUUUUCUUCUGUGCUCGUUCGACUUGGCCUUUACUUCGUGCAUUGGUGCAAAUGCUGUCCUUCGAAGGGUUCAUUGUUUUUGGUGUGUGUCAUGCGCGUUUGGAAGCAAAUGGAAAUGCAACUGUUACGCUAAUUCAUUCACAAUCUCAUGCCGCCAAUAAUGUUGGAUGCCUUUGCCAUAGGAAUGGUUCAAUAUGGUUCCUACUACCCUCCAAAUACAGCAGCCCAUUCCAAUUGCUUGUUGCCAGGAAAUUUAAUUUUAACGCGACUGAGAUGCUGUGUAAAUAUUUUAAAGUGCUGGAUGGUGUUUUGACAUCAGAUUCAAGACUGGGUCUCCAAGGUAAUCUGUAUGCCUCAAUGUUAUUUGGAUCAGAUACAGUGUCCGAAUUGCUCCUAGUUUCAGAGCACAUGUGCCAGCUGUUAGGAAGCGUUGCUCCAGAAGUAAGCGACAUUGAAGAUAAUGGGAUAGGAGCAAUUUCAACCCACUCGAUACCAAUUGCACCUAUGAGGUAAUUUGCAGUUUCUGU